GUGAGUGUGCCUGCCGGAUCUUGGCUUUUGAGCUUCGCGUGGGGCUGCGACCAAAGGGCCGACGAUGAGGAUGCCUGGGGUGACUCUAGUUCUUCAUCCGAUUCAUCUUCGGAUGGGGAAGAGCGCAAUGGGGAUGCAGCUGAACCGGCUACAGGGGACACAGAAGAGAGACCACCUGUAGAACCCAGAGUAGAUUCUGGCAAUGGUAGUGGUGACCCUGUGAUGCCUUCUAGCAGUGAUCCACCUGCGGACCUUGUGAUGGAGACCCCUACGGUGCUGGUGAUGAUUCUCUUUCAAGACAGCGUGCCGAGAAAAUGGAUUGAGGUGAAGAAAAAGACGAGUGGAAAGAACGGAGGAUUCACUGAGUCUGAAAAUGAGGAGUAUGAAGAUUCCGGUCCGUUUUGGACAAAGGAGAUGGAAAAGGAAUGGGCCAAGUGGAAAAAAGAUGGGGGGUAUGAAUAUGAGGAAGGUUGGGAUGAUCAGGAUUGGGCAAAUGACUUGAAUGAGCCAAAGCAAGCUUGGGAUCGCUAUGCAAUUAUGAAUUCCAAUGCAUCGAUGCAUCAGCUGAAAAGCGAGGCAGUCAUGGAGCAUGAACCAGGGAGCCCUCAGGUGAAAAGCAAACAGCGCAAGAGCAAAAAGCAGGCCACCAAGUCCACAGUUGAGGCAGCAGGGAAAACUGAGGAGCCACAGGGCACUGAGGAGGUAGCAGCGUCUAAGAAAAGGAAGAAGCUAGAGGAAAAAGAACCCAGCGUACAGCCCACAGACGAAAAGACACAUGUGAAUACCAUAGCAAAGUAUCUCAGGGAGAUCGUGGCGGGUGGAUGGAAGGUCAAAAAACAUGACGACUUGACAAAGAACAUGAAACUGCAGUUCAAGGAACCCUUCCCACCAACGGAGGAAUGCCGAUUGAAUAUUUACUGGAAGCUUGGAAAUGUGGGUGUUCAUCUGAAGGGUGAGGGGAAGGACUUAGCGACCUUUUCGGUGCACGCUGUGAACUACAUCGAGGACAAGGCGAAGAAACCGCGAGAGAAAGAUUCCCUUUUGAGUGAUGACUGUGACAUCCUGACGUUGAAGGAAUGCCUUAAAGUUGCUGCUGUAAAGGCUGUGAAGCGGGCCAUGAGAAAGCGAUACCGCGGUGGCGACCUGUGGACAGACUUUGUGCUUUGCAUCCUGCUGAUCUACUGGACCUACGCCGUUUGGGAGGAGCAGUACGACUACUACGAGUUCUUCGCGGGCAUUGGAAACCUCACGAAGCAGGCGCGAGCCUGCGGGUAUAAGGCCUUGAGGUUUGACAUUUUGGACAAUGUCAAACCCAAAGACCGGAAGUCCAACUUCAUGGAUCUAAAUUCAGCUUCGGGCUUCGCGUUGCUUGAUGAGAAAUCAGGUAGUGAAGGUCAGCUGGUGGAUGCAGCACUACCAAGGACCAACACCGAAGCGAUAUACCCCAUGCCCUUUGCACGGCACCUCAUCGAUCGCUUGGAGACUAUGAAAGCCACUGCGCACGGAGCUCCUGUACUUCCGAGUGAGGUGCCAGAUGCAAAGGAUACGUGGAGUUGCACCACGUUAGGGGAAGGGAUUCACCACGUGGAAGCGGAUAUCAUGUCGGUGUCUGAUGGAGCCAAAGCACCUGAAGAAGCACCUGAAGAGGCGCAGGAUACGGUGCCAGAAAAGACUGGUGGUGCACCUGUGAAAGAUGUUGCACUUCCAGAGCAUGGGUCCCCCAAGUCCGUUGAGCCUACCACUGGAGAAGUGGCCACAGUGAUCACGCCUUAUGGCAGAAAGGUUCCAUUUGGAAUGACCCUUCGUCAGUUCAACCUCCGUCGAGCAGCCAAAGAAAGAAUCAGAAGAAUGGUUGCCCCAAAGAGCCGUCGCAAAGAACUGAAUGCCCCAGAGUAUUUGAAGGAGGAAUGGGCGAAGGGAGAUAAGGAUGCACUUUCCGAUCUACUCACCAAUUUGAACUUUAACAAGGACGCUUUCAUGAAUGAAGUCCUGAUCCUCGUGAAGAAGAAGAAGACGUAUACAAUGACGAUUGAUGAAGGGUGGCAUAGUGAAGCUGAACUCAAGGAGCGCAACUCCUAUGAUGGAGAACUCGAAUAUUUUGUGGUCCUCAGAGAAUCCGGUAAGCGACAAGAGGAAAGCUCAUAUGAAGAGGAACACCGAAAGUGCUUGAAGACCUUGGAUGAUCACAUUGCAUCUGUGGACAAGCACUACGACAUGUGCAACGAAGCGUGGGCCAAGGGGGAGGUGGAUGACUUCUCCACCGAAGCGAACUCCAAAAAAUACUUCGAUAAGAAAUCUCCUGGUGAAGAACUUGACAGCAAGGACAAAAAGGACAAGAAGGACAAGGAGAACAAGGAGAGCACAAAGGAUGAAACAUUGCCUUUCCCUUGGCAGACCAACCAACCAGUACCAGAAAAGACAUCCAUCACCUUUGCUGAAGUUUCUACUCAACAGAAACGGUAUCCUCCUGAUGUGGUGGAACAAUCGGCCUCUUGCGCUGCGGUCAUUAGAACGGCCCGGGACGUCGUGGCUGACUUCGGUGUAGCGGCAGUGAGUUCCCAGUCAGAAGGGCUUCUUCAGCUCUCUAAGAAACGGACCAACAAUGGGGAACGGGAUUGCCACAACUUGCUGGCAAAACAGAUGCAAAUGUCUCUGCCGAUCCCAAAAACUUUUCUGGAUACCAAGGAUGGUUCUCUCAAGAUACCUUUUUUGAGGAUCAGGGACUGGAUGAAGUUUCUGGCAACCCACAACUGCCUUCACCUCCUUUGUGGUUUGGUAAAGCCGGAUGCCAAGCGACAGAGUGACAUUUGGCAAGCUUGGUGGGCAAACUUCGAGUUGCAAUUCCCUUCUCACCCAGUUUUUGAGCGUGCCAGAUCUGGUGAGAUCAGUUUGCAACGAACGAUUCCAAUAGUGGUUCAUGGAGACGAAGGGCGAGGAAAGAAGAAAUCAGCUUUUCUGAUUUUGAAUUGGCACAGCAUGUUGGGCCGUGGAAUUGAGACUGGUCUGGCGAAAAACAAAAGCAGAGCAUAUUUGAAGAUGUUGCCAAACUAUGUUGGACAUAGUUACACAACAAGAUGGUUGCUAUCUGCACUCCCCAAGCGGGAUUACACUGGAAAGAACAGUUUCGCUUUCGAGAUCCUCAUGCAAACCCUGGCAGACGAACUUCUUCAGAUGUCCCGUGAUGGCAUCAAUCAUCAAGGCAAGCAUGCAAAGGAGUGUGCCACCUUUGUCUUGCAGGCCAACCAGGCGCACUGCCAAAGAAUUACAAAGGAGCAUCUGAACUGGGUAUCAACGAAUCACUACCCAACGGCUGGUUGGCACAAGGGAGACCUGAGCACGAGCUUGCUCCUUUAUUGCGAGGCCAGGUAUCAUGCGGAGAAGUGGGAGGAUGAGACACUCGCUCUAGCUGGGGAAGCUGCGGAGGCAUUGAAUGGUUUCUUGCACUUGCUUUACAAUGGUGGAGCUUGGUUGGCUCCAGACGAAGCAGAGAAAGCUGCUGAGUUGGGGCUGAGAUUCCUACGCAGGUAUUCCAAACUUUCUUUCCUUGCCUUCUCCCAGGGGAAGAAAUUGUGGCUAGUCAUGCCAAAGCACCAUAGUCUGCACCACAUCCUAUUAGAAUUGCUUGAUGGAUCUAAACGUGGUCCUGUAAUCAACGGACUGUGUUGGUCCGUGCGGCAAGAUGAGGAUUUCAUUGGUAGGGGCUCCAGGCUGAGCCGUCACGUCAGUGCGGCACGUUGUUCUGAAAGAACAGUUGACCGCUACUUGAUGUCUGCAUACUCCAAGUUUGUGGAAGCUGGCUACUUGGUGGUGGCCAAAGGGU